UUUAUCAGUUUAUCUAGAACAUUCUUAUCUGUAACCUCAGAAGAAGAUUAAAUGACGGGAACAGCGCAGAUUUUUGUUAACGACAACUCACUCAUAUGACCCACUGUGAUGUAAUAUAUGCUGUCAUUCGUUCUGAACUAAUCCGUUUAUUGAAAAAUAAAACAUACUAAAGGAGAGUUAUACUUCAAAUACUUAUGAUAUGUCUUUGAAUACAGCUCACGCCAACGGUGGGGUGCUGAUAUAUAAUGGAGAAAUAAUUCUUUUAUAUUGUGAUGGAGUUGAAUUUACGAUUGAUGGAAGUAAUGCAAAGGAUUUUGGAGGAACUAAAAAAGGAAAGAUAUAUCUCACAACUCAUAGAAUGAUAUUCAUGAAUAAAUCCGAGAAGGAUCCUUUGCAGUCAUUCAGUUUCCCAUUUUUCAGUAUGUCUUCUCUGGAACUUGAACAACCUGUUUUUGGAGCAAAUUAUAUCAAAGGAAUUGUAAAUGCCCAAAAUGGAGGAAACUGGGUUGGAAAGGCUCCAUUUAAAUUGAAGUUUUCUAGUGGUGGUGCUAUAGAAUUUGGACAAGCAAUGCUUAUGCUGGCAAGGAUGGCAAGUCAAAAUAUGCCUCCUCAGCCUCCACCUUAUAUGCCACAGCAAGGACCCUACUACCCUGCACCUCCUCCAGCAUAUAUGCCACCUUCGGGAGGCAUCAAUGGAUUCGUGCCACCUACUCACGUGUUUCCGGAUGCCCCACCAGCCAACAGUGUGUACACAACAGACAUGCCUCCUCCCUAUCCGGGCAUCUAUCCUCCUCCUUAUGCUCAUCCUCCAGGAUCCCAGAAUUAUCCUCAGGCUGGUCCUACAGGUGUUGUUGGAUAUCCUGGUAAUCCUGCUGCACCAGGAUUCGUCGUGGCUAAUGGAGCCUCUCCAUCUGCUCCCCCUGGGAACCCUCCUCCUUAUCAGCAACAAGGUCCUUAUCAGCAACAAGGCCCUUACCCACAGCAAGGUCCUUACCCACAACAAGGUCCUUACCCACAACAAGGUCCUUAUCCACAACAAGGUGUUUACCAGCAGCCUGGAGCUGCUGCUCAAUAUAGUGGAGCUACUCAGCAACCUCCUUAUAAUGAGUCUAAAUCUGGAGUUCCUCCUGUGUAUGAUUUCUAUCAGGACCCAUACAGACAAGAGGUGGUAUACGCCCAGCAGCAUAUGAAUGGAUAUGCCCAAAAUGCGGGACCUCCACCUCCUUAUUCCGAAGCCAACAAGAAAGAUCAGUGAAAAAAGAUUGCUUCACUUGUUUUGUUUGAUGUUCAAUCUACAAGCAAAUACAAUAAAGUUUUAUUUCUUCCUCUUUUUAAAUAGCUUGAAUGUAAACGAUAUCUACACGUUGCUUAUGCUACAGUUCUUUGAAACUCUAUUGUGACAUAAAUAUUUUAUUUUUUUCCUCAGUCUUCAAAUAUUUUUGCACCAAACUAUUUUAUCAGUAUUCAAAUUAUGCAAGUGUUAAAAUUCUCAAUAUGUGCAAUGUGUAUCUAUCAUGUAGCAUUCCAUGUGUGUAUAAAUAAUUGUUAAUAAAAUACUUAGAUUUAUAUCCUUAUUAAAA